AGAGGCGCAAAGUCUACCAACACGCCUGCGCGAGCGGGCGUGCCCCGGAAGCGGUUCUUUGGCCUUGUGACACGUAGCAACGGAGCCAGUUCAGGGUCUUAAGCGGUGUUUGGGGGUUUUGGGGGUUUGCCGGAGCCGCUGCCGCCGCUUCUCCAUUUGAUCAUUUGCAAUGUCAGGCUUUGAUAACUUAAACACGGAUUUCUACCAGACAAGUUACAGCAUCGAUGACCAUUCACAGCAGUCCUAUGAUUAUGGAGGAAGUGGAGGACCCUAUAGCAAGCAGUAUGCUGGCUAUGACUAUUCGCAGCAAGGCCGAUUUGUCCCUCCAGACAUGAUGCAGCCACAACAGCCAUACACCGGGCAGAUUUUCCAGCCAACUCAGGCAUACACUCCAACAACACCUCAGCCGUUCUAUGGAAACAACUUUGAGGAUGAGCCACCUUUAUUAGAAGAAUUAGGUAUCAAUUUUGACCACAUCUGGCAAAAAACACUAACAGUGUUACAUCCAUUAAAAGUAGCAGAUGGCAGCAUCAUGAAUGAGACUGAUUUGGCAGGACCCAUGGUUUUUUGCCUUGCCUUUGGAGCCACAUUGUUACUGGCUGGCAAAAUCCAGUUUGGCUAUGUAUAUGGGAUCAGUGCAAUUGGAUGUCUAGGAAUGUUCUGUUUACUAAACUUAAUGAGUAUGACAGGUGUUUCGUUUGGUUGCGUGGCAAGUGUCCUUGGAUAUUGUCUUCUUCCCAUGAUCCUACUUUCCAGUUUUGCGGUGAUAUUUUCUUUGCAAGGAAUGGUAGGAAUCAUUCUCACUGCUGGAAUUAUUGGUUGGUGUAGUUUUUCGGCUUCCAAAAUUUUUAUUUCUGCAUUAGCCAUGGAAGGACAGCAACUUCUAGUAGCAUAUCCUUGUGCUUUGUUAUAUGGAGUCUUUGCCCUAAUUUCCGUUUUUUGAACUGAAUUGAUCUGGCAUGUGGACACCAUUGAGCCAAAAGGACUUUGAACUCUUAUAUUGGACCAGCGAACUGCUACAGUGCAACUCCCGUGCAGAUCUAACGUUUGACUAUUGGCGCAGUGGAAGUAAACAUACAUCUUUUGUUCAUUUUUAUAGAACUUUUGGAUACUAUGUUGGAUUUACUUGCAGUAUGACUAGCUUUAAAUGUUUGUGCUUAUACCAAUAAGAAGUGCUAUUUCUUUCCUGUUCUGCAGCCUUUGAAAAACAGAUUUUUUUCUUGCAAAUUAUAUUAAGAUGUUUUUGAUAGAUUUUUAUCAACUGUGGGAAACUGACCACAGGGCUGAUAAUCUUUUCUUAAAAACAACCCAGUCUUGGUUAAGAAGAUACAAGAUUUACUGCAGAAAUGUUUUUCCAAGGGAUUGGGAAAGAAAAAUUGCCUGUAUUCUCAAGUUAGAUGCACUUGAAGCAAAAAAGUGAUCCCAAUGUAGAGUUUUAUGAGUUUGCCCUGCACAAAUUUGACAUUCCUUUAAAUUAUCUCAUGGAGUUUUUGCUAAAAUUCAGCAAGACAGCAAGUUCCUAGUCUACUUGAUUGUAGACAGGAAGUGUGAGCACCUGUUGAGGUUAGCAUGAACUAAACCAUAGUGACCUAGACUGAACGCAUUAAUGUUCAUAGUCGUAUCUCCAUGUUUCCUAGGAAAAAGAAAAUCACUAACCUUUUUUGAGAAAAAGAUUUAAAACGUCACAGUUUCAGUACUGCAGUUACCAAUGUAAAGUGCAUUUGAUGCUUAGUAAUUAAAAUUUUCCCAGUUUUAACUGUGUUGAGUUGACUUUUGCUGUUUUCGGUGUCGCAUUUUCUUUAAUUAGGUUCUGGUUUUAACUUGUAUUCAUAAUUUAUUCUAAGCUUGAAGAAUAGAAGUCAUUUAGUAUAGAAUCAGAAAAGAGAUUAAAUGAAAAGCAAUGUACUUUGAGUUACAACAUUAUUUCCUUGUAUUAAAUUUAUUUGGUUCAUGUCAUGUUCUCUUGCCAGAGAAUCUAUGAGAAAAUGCUAUAUCUUGUAUUUUGAUAUAGCAUUGGCUUUUUCUGAAGAAAACUGCCUCUGAUUUUUGGACAGGCUCAUUUACAGUUGUGAGAAAGAUGCCUUAUGGGAAGGAAAAUGUUGCCUUUUUCAAAAAAGGAGACUUUCAGACCAAAUAAAAACAAACACCAAACUGAUGUUAAUGGUUCUUUUUAAAAGUUAGUUUUCAAUCAUAAAAGGAGGUUAAGAUAAUAAAACACAUUUCUUGUAAGAUCAUGAUUUCUGAUCUCUGGAAUCAUAUAAAUAUGUUUUUCUUCAUUAAUACUUAAUUUCCUAGAGGAAUACUCUCACUAAUUUGUUUUGGGCUGGGUUUUCAAACAUACCAAAGUGUUUUAGAGUAUUUUUUACUGUAAUCCGUGGAUAGUAUUUGUUUUGUCUUUUUCAGUUCAUUUUAUAAAUACACACUAAUAUUGUUAAGGUAGAUAUAAUGAGUGCCUUCUGUGAAUAUCCAGUUUUUCCCAAUGAUCAGUGUAGAGGAUGCUUUGGGAAUUAAAUUUCCCUACUGUUGCUUAGACUUAGACCAUUAAUCUUCAGCCAGAUUCCCCAAAUGGAUCAAAUUGUUUUAUUUUUUUGCCUCUCCCAGCCCCAAGAUAAUACUUUUUAAUUUAAAUCAAUAUUGAGAGACUAUUGUUACUUGUCUUAUAGAACUCCAAAAUGAUUACAUGCAAACCCAUUUUAUAUAUAACGGUUAUCCUGUCAAAACAGCUUUAUAGUGGAAUUGUAUUUAAUGCAAAAGGUUAGUUCUAGAGUUUGCUUGCUACCUGGUGAGUCCUGUACAGCCAAAAUUUCCCUUUUAAAAUUUCUCUUUAAAAUGCAAUAUAUGUAGCCAUAUUUAUGCAUACUUUAAAAACUGAAAAACUAUGUUUCAAAAAGUUAUAUGUAAUAACUUUUUUGUCUGGCAUUGUAGUAGAUUUCUCUUUCUUGAGUUAAGUUACAAGAAGAGCAUCUAGCUUGCUUUUAGGUAGGGCCCAUUUUAUACCAAAACCAUAUACAUGUACCUUUAAAUACUAGAGACACUCAGUAUAACUUCAAGCUCACUUAGUGAUUGUUCCUGGAUAAUAAAUUUACCAUGAAUGGAUCUGCAAGUUCACUCACUGGAGCUACUGUGUUAUGUGUUACUUACUUAUGCAUGCAUGUAUAUCAAGGACAGAUAACUGCUUGUAUGUAUGGUAUAAAUGUAUAUUUUAUGACUUUUAAUACCAUGUUACAUUACCACGUUUACCAGUGGGUGCUUCCAAGAGCUAUGUAACUAAGCUUGUAGGAAGAGGCAUUCUUCCUCCAGACACAGUUAUAAAGAUGGUGCAAAAUUCUAUAAAUCUUAAAAUGCUAAUUAUGUCCUCACGUACUAAGCAUCCAGUCAAAGAGAAUUUUUUAAAAUGUAUCUAAUGACAUGAUUUCAGGUAGAAUUUAAGUACUGUGCAUUGACAUUUUCCAAGUUUAUUUGUAAGCUUUAAUGGGCAUUGCUCAACUCAAAUAUACUCCAAAGCUAAGUAAGGACAGUUGUCUCUGAAGAUCAAAUUAUGCAUUAUUUUUAUAGUAUUCAUUACCUAUUAAAAAAAAAGGAGACUUUCCUUUCUGAAGUUAUACACUUUUUUCCAUAUAAAUGGAAGAAUUUAGAGCUUUAGUCAAAAGGAGAACUCUAGAAAUUAUAAUCUUCUCCUAUAGGGUACUGUGACCUAGUGGAGAAUUGUGGGAAUUCGGGAGUACAUUGGAGAUCUGCCUGUUGUCGUAUAGAACAGAGCUGACAUAAUGACUCAGACAAUUUUCUUAACUUGCCCUGUGAGAGAAAUAAAUAAUGUGUGUGUGUGUGUGUGUGUGUGUGUGUGUAUAUAAUGUGUGUAUAUAUGUAUAUAUAACAUAUAACAGUAAUGUGUAUAUAUAAUUGUAUGUAUAAUAUAUAUAUCUCACAGGGCAUUUUAUAUAUUUUAUAAACAUUUAGAGUUAGGCAAAAACAUAAGUACCUUUUCAAAGAGUUACAGUAGUUAACAAGAGAUUCCUUUUUUUUUUUUUUUUUUAGGAUGUAUUUAGGAUUUGGGGGAAGGAAUGGAAAUAACAAGAUAUCAAAGCUUGUUGUGAAUGCCCUAAGGAAGAAUUGGAUCCUGUUUGGAUCCUGUGCUUUUAUGAAUAGUAGAUAAGAAUGACCUAUCAUAUCAUUAGCUUGUCAAGAGUACAGUAGUUACUUUCAAACAGCUUAAGUAAAACCUAUUCUCACCACUCUGUACAAUCUAUGCUAUUAAUAUUUUACACCACCAGUGAAGACAUAAUUGAUUUGUAACUCUACCACCAUCCUAAUUAUUGAAGUUUGAAUUUUAAUACAUUACUGUUACUUGAAUUUCAAUAAGCUUCUUUGUUCUUUAAUAAUUGAAUACUCAUAACCGGGAAAUAGGUAAAAUAAAACAUUAAAUAUUAUCGAUUUCUAGGGAUUGGCAGAGUACUUACUUAAAAGUGUUUUAUAUUGACCAGUGUAUGUCUCCGAAUGGCAACUAUAAACUGAAGAAUGAAAUCUAGCAGUGUGCAGUUAGGAUCUUGCAUCACAGGUAGGAAUACAUCGUCUACCCUUGUGCACAAAGUCCCUACUUUAGUUAAUGAAGAACAUUGUCUGCUGAUGGAGCACAGUGUCCUGUGUUUGUGCAAAUAAAUUAAAAUGAUUACGUCCUCAAAUGAGGCCUAAUUAAAUACAGAGCUGUUCUCCUAAUUUAAAAGCACAAAUACUUUCUUGAGCACAUUAGGUUCUGAAAAUCGGAUAUUACAUUUUUUGUGAGCCUAACUAAUUAGGCUUACCUUGCAUAUAUAAAUUUGGCUUAUUUCUGAAACUACCACUAAAUCUGAUAGCACACAGAGUGAUUAUGCAUUAAGAUGUUUUAAAUAGCUUUUCAACACUAGUGGCACAAAAAGAAUUUUAAAAAUGAGAAAACAAAUGAAGUGCUCAGUAGAAACAUUUAAGAUACUUGUAAAUUUAUAUACUUACUUGAGUUACUCUGAUUAUCUUAAAAGUAGACAAAGCAAUAUGAUUAUUUCAUUUUUUUCUCCAAGUAAAUAUAAAUCAAACAAAGGUCCUUAUAGAGUUUCAUGAUAAAUUUGCUUACAGUUUUUAGUUUGUGAUCUUUGAUAAUGCUGUAUGACUUGAUAGUGUUUUCUUUAGGUAGAAAUGGUCCUAUAAGUCCUACUAUUUUUAUAUGUUUUAAUUUUCAAAACAGCAUUGCUCUGUGGUUCUCUAUUACCUCAGCAUGUUUAUACUACUCACGCAGCGGAAUGGGAAUACUGGUAAAAGUAUCAUGUCACACCCACGCUUCAGAUUAUUCCUACAUCAGAAGGGAAGACUUCACUGAAAAUGCGCUUUUUUUUUUUUUCCUUGCUCAUGUAGAAGAAUAAGUCUGACAAUGUCAUUUUUAGGUCACUCCUUUACAUAGCUUUUUGUAAAAGGUUCUGAAAUGUGACCAUUUUUAAUUUCUCAUUGAGUGGAUCUGUGUGCUUAUAUGAUUUAGUCAUUUCAGGACAUUCCCCAGCAUUUACUCUAAUUGUACUUUAAUUGUAUCUGUAGUCCUCUUUAGAAUAUGAAAUAUAUAGUAUGAUCUGACAGUGACUCUGCUCACAUUAGGCCUUGUUACCCAAUUUGUUACUAUGUCAAUUCCCAAGAGUUAAACUGUACCAUGGUAGCAAUUAAAAAGACUAAAACCAACAUCUCUACUCAGACAUCUGCAGAAAUCAGUUUUUUAUAUAAAUUUUUAUUGAGCUCUCAGAGUUGAAUUUCCUAAUAAAACGAUUUAAAAUGCUUCUUUUUUUUUUUUUUUUUUUUUUUGCUUGUUUGUUUGCAUGGGGUUGUUUAGAGGAUGUUUGUUUACUUUAGCAUUGUAUUUACAUUUUACGGCUUGUUUUCUUAAUGCACUUAAAAAAAAAACACUUUCUGAACUGUUUCCAUGUGGUACAUUUUCAUCACUGCUUGAGCAGUCCUGUUAAAAGUAUCUUCUAGCUUCAAUGACAUUUCAGAUACUCCUUGCAUAUCUAGGUCUGUCACAAGGUCAUACUUAACCCACUCUCAAUUUUUACCAUCUCUUGAGACCAUAUUUUAUUCUGACUGGCCUAGGUCACAAUCUUCCUGCGAUAACAUGGUUUUGGUUUUUCUAUAAAAGAUUGAAUCAUUUCUAUGGUUUAAUAAAAGAUUAAACUGCAUCUGCAAUGAGGUGAAUGUUGUUUAAACAAGGUUGUCCUUGCUGAACCAAAGUUAGAGUUUAAUAUUUGACGUGAGAGUCAUACUGAUUUUCUGUUCUUAUUCAUAUCACAAAAAUAAGAGAGAAUCAUUUAUGAACAAACCAUGGAACCUCUUGUCUUAACCAGGACCCAGCUAGAAGCAGAACGGGAAGCUGAGCUGAGACUAUGAAAAUCAAGACUGAAUUGAGGGUGAUAGUGGAGAAUCUGGGGCCUUAAGAGAAUCAACAGGAAGACAGUGGGAGAGAUUGUGCUAAUAUGUACUAGGAGAUUUGUUUUAAUACUUAUACUGUGUCAUAUGAACACUAAUAUGAAAUUUUCAGUGUAUCAAAAUACAGCCUAUUUUCAUUAUUGGUGUAAAAGCAGUAAGUACUAAAAUAAAGGAAAUCAAACAGCAGGAAGCUGUUAAUUCUUUAAAUCACUUUUAUCAAGAAAUCCAACUGUAAAGCAGUUUUUAAACAUCCAGACAACACGAUACAAUUCUUGCUGAUACAGUCAUGUUUGCAAAAACUUUCACAAAUGAAUCCACGCCAGCCCUAGGGUUCGGAAAUUUUUCUUAUUAAACUGUGCAUGCUGCUAUCACA